AUGGCUGAGGACCAGACAUUUUUCCAGGGUCAUGGAAAACUCCCCAAAGGCCCUAGAUCAGAGUCACCAGUGUCUGUGCCAUGCCAACACACACUUAUGGAAAAGCCAGACUGUGACUGGGAGACGUGGCACAUUCGCUUCAGAACAUUUAGCAGCUCGGAGGAAUCCGACCCCGUCCAGGAUCUGAGGAGACUCUGUGAGCUCUGCCAUCAGUGGCUGAGGCCAGAUCUUCACACAAAGGAGCAGAUGAUGGACAAGCUAGUGCUGGAGCAGUUUAUGAUCUGCAUGCUGCUGGAGUGCCAGGUCUUAGUCAAGGAGAGUGGAGUGCAGAGUUGCAAAGACAUGGAGGACAUGCUAAGAAAUAAUCAGAAACCCAAGAAAUGGACUACAGUUCGCAUACAAGGAGAUGAAUAUCUUGUGCGAAGCUUGGAUAUUGAGACGUUUGAAGUUGAGCUCAGUGACACCAACGAUGAGAAAGACCUACCCAGGGAUCCCCAAUCCCUUGUUAGUGAGAUACCUCCAAAGAAUGGCCAGCAGGACCAGAAAGGUCUCCUGCCAGAGAUCAUUCCUGAAACAGGUGAACUAGAGGGUCUGACACCCAAGGAAAACUUGGAGAAGGACCUGAUGGAAGACAUGGAAGAGACAAGAACCCGUCAGUCUCAAGAGCUUGAACUUCCAAAGCGUCGUGUGGGACCAACCAGUCCUCCUGAGGGAAAAGAAGCCAAGGGACAGGCACCCUAUUAAUGUAGGGUAUGCAAGAAGAGAUUUCCUUAUCAAUCUCAGGUUAUCCUUCACCAGAGGACACACACAGGAGAGAGACCCUUUCGAUGCAAUAUCUGUGCCGAAGGGUCCAUGCAGUCUUCCGACCUGUGAACUCACGAGCGUAUCCACACAGGCGAGAAGCCAUACUGCUGUGAUCUCUGCCCCAAGAAGUUAACCCACAACUCCACGCUGCGUGCUCACAAGAGGACCCACACCAAGGAGAAGACUUUCCGAUAUGAGCACUGCGACAAAGACUUCAGCCACAGAUGGAACCUCAAGGUUCACCGAUGCACCCACUCUGGGCGCAAACCGUACAUGUGCCCCGAGUGUCACAGCGCCUUCCGUCAGCUAGGAAGUUUCAAACGCCACCAGAAAACACAUUCAAAAUGA